AAACGAUUACCAUCUCACCCUCUUCAUUUUCUCCAUCUCCGGCGCCCAUUUAACUCAUGAUUCGUUUUAUUUAAGGCCCUCUCUGUCCUUGCUCGUUUUGCCGGGAAAAUUACAACUCUGUUCAAAAUGACUGCCACCGAUAAAGGCGCGGCGGCCGCGGCCAUUAAAACCGCACCGAGUGCAGGCAGUGAGGCAGAGACAAUAACUAAGCAGGAAGACCGGAUCGGAUUCACAGCUACAAUGAUGGCUAAAUACGGCGUCGACCUCACCAGCAGCUUCCAGCCUAAAGAUUUGAUCGGAUUCUCAGAUAAAACGAUGGAUACGGACGUCUCCAAGCUCACCGGCAUCGUCAAGCCUGUGCCGACAUUUCAACUAACUGCAGAGGAGAUAGCAAUUAAUGCCUGGCUCCCGAUGACCUCUUCAAGGAAUGCCAAAUGGUGGUAUUCCUCUUUCCACAAUGUUACUGCCAUGGUUGGCGCUGGUGUCCUCGGCCUUCCUUAUGCCAUGUCUCAGCUUGGAUGGGGACCUGGUGUGGCCAUGAUGGUGAUGUCAUGGAUAAUCACUCUAUACACAUUGUGGCAAAUGGUUCAGAUGCACGAGAUGGUUCCAGGAAAGCGUUUUGACAGAUACCAUGAGCUCGGGCAGCACGCUUUUGGUGAAAAGUUGGGACUAUGGAUCGUCGUUCCACAACAGCUGGUGGUUAUGGUCGCAGUGGAUAUCGUGUACAUGGUUACUGGAGGAAAAUCCCUUAAGAAGUUCCAUGACUUGGUUUGCAAAGACUGUAAAAACAUCAAAGUCUCCUACUUCAUCAUGAUCUUCGGUUCUGUCCACUUCAUCCUCUCCCACCUCCCCAACUUUAACUCCAUCUUCGGGGUGUCUCUAGCAGCAGCAGUUAUGUCAUUGAGUUACUCGACUAUUGCUUGGGGGGCUUCCGUAGACAGGGGCGUGCAACCGAAUGUGGAUUACAGCUACAUAGCUUCGACCACUAGCGGCACUGUUUUCAACUUCCUAAGUGGGUUGGGUGAUGUGGCUUUUGCUUUUGCAGGUCACAACGUGGUGUUGGAGAUUCAAGCCAGUAUCCCUUCCACAUCUGAAACCCCAUCCAAGGGACCCAUGUGGAAGGGUGUGCUUGUUGCUUAUAUCGUUGUGGCCUUGUGCUACUUCCCCGUUGCCUUCAUCGGCUACUGGGUGUUUGGAAAUGUAGUGGAAGACAACAUUCUGAUGUCCUUGCAGAAGCCUACCUGGCUCGUUGCUAUGGCCAACCUCUUUGUUGUUGUUCAUGUCAUUGGAAGUUAUCAGAUCUAUGCGAUGCCCGUCUUUGACAUGCUGGAGUCGUUGCUGGUUAAGAAACUGAAGUUCAAGAUAUCUUGGCAACUGCGUUUCAUUACCAGGAACAUAUACGUGGCAAUCACAAUGUUUAUUGGAGUCGCAUUUCCUUUCUUUGGUAGGCUGAUUGGAUUUGUUGGAGGAUUUGCUUCUGCCCCGACAACAUACUUCGUCCCAUGUGUGAUGUGGCUAGCCGUUUGCAAGCCGAAGAAAUACAGUCUUUCUUGGAUCACAAAUUGGAUCUGCAUUAUUCUGGGAGUUCUAUUGAUGGUUUUGGCACCUAUUGGCGGGCUACGGAAUAUCAUCUUACAAGUCAAAGACUACAAAUUCUACUCUUAAUUUUCAACACAAACUCGCUUUUUUGUUACAAAUAUUUAUACAAAUAUAGUGCAUUAAUUUUAUAGUUAAUCUCAAAAACUUCUGAGGGACUUGAUAGUUCCCUAUCCUUAGUGCUCUAGAAGUUGAUGAAGUACGAGGGGAAUGUAGAAAAUGAGAACCCGUUUGUAAUCUUAUUUUUCGGUUUAUCAAACUUAUCAGCCAACUUUUUCACCAAAUAUGUACCUUUCG